AUGCAGCUCACGUUCCUGGCUGGGUUGGCCGCCGUGGCUGUGGGCGUGAGUGCCCAGACUUCUAUCAGUCCUGAGCAAGCGCAAUCCGUCCUUUGGGUCCUUGCGACUGCGCUGCCGUCCGAUGUGCGCGACUACGCCACGGCCUCUGAGUCGGCGUUUGCGGCCGAAAUGAGCUCUUCUCUCUCCGCCGGCAACACUCCAGGGUGGUACGCAUCCAUGCCUGCCGACGUCAAGAGCAUUCUGCCUCUGCUGUACCCUGUCACUGCUGAAGCCUCGACCACGCCUGUCGUCACCUCGACCGCCACCUCGACCGCCACUUCGACCGCCACCUCUACCGGCAGCUCGACCGGCAGCUCGACCGGCAGCUCGACCGUCAGCUCGACCGUCAGCUCCGCGAGUGCAGUGCCCACCGGCUUGAACAGCACUGCCAUUUCUGCUGUCCACUCUGCUACCCUGUCUGCCAAUGGCACCCACACCGGCACCGCGACUGGGUCCCCCCUGCCUGAGUCGACUGGCGCUGCGUCGCACGUUCGGGCUGCUGUCGGUGCAACUCUGGCUGGUGUCGCUGGAUUCCUCGCCGUGCUAGCUCUUUGA